CACAUGAUCAUGCCAACUACUAGCUACCUUAUAUGAUCAAUAUACAAGAAAAAUACGUACAUACACCGGCACACCGCCAUCAAUAUUUCUGAGUCUAUCGUCACCAAUGGCCUGACAGUGCCAAAACCCUUUUGUCUAAUCUUCUUCUCCUUCCAUGUGAUCCCUUCUUCCUUUUCUCAAUCAUCAUCUCUUUAUUAUUUUAUUCUAUCUUUUUCCAGAAACACUGAUUUCUUCCUUUAUUGAUGAUUCUCUCGGAGAAUCAGGUUAAUUUGAUACAUAAAUAGUGCUUUAUUUAGCAUCCUUCCUGAAAGAUUGUGGGAAUUUCAUCAGAAAGAUACCUAUAUACGUAUAUUUGAUCGAUCAGAUAUUGAUUUCACUAUGGGGAGAGUGAAACUCCAGAUCAAGAAGAUUGAAAAUACAACAAACAGGCAGGUCACUUUCUCAAAGAGAAGAAAUGGAUUAAUCAAGAAAGCUUAUGAACUUUCUGUUCUUUGUGAUGUUGAUGUUGCUCUUAUCAUGUUUUCCCCUUCUGGAAGAGUCAGCAUAUUCUCAGGAAAUAGAAGCAUGGAAGAAAUCAUGACUCGAUAUGUGAAUCUUCCUGAGCAUGAACGAGGAAAGCUACAAAACCAAGAGUAUCUGCAAAGGGCACUUGGCAAGUUCAAAUAUGAAGCAGAUCGAACCUAUCAACCAGCCAACAGCAGCCCAGCAAGCGUUGAUUCUCAAGUUGAGGAAAUGCAACAGGAAAUUCUUAAAUGUAGGUGCCAACUUGAGCACAUGGAGAAAAGACUGAGGAUUUAUGAAGGUGAUUCGUCCGAUAUCACUACACUCUUUGAGGCCGAGUACCGGGAACAAAUUCUUGAGGUAAACUUGAAGCAAGUCAGGAUGCGAAAGCAAGUUCUGCAGGACCAGUAUAAUUCUCCUGGUGCACAAACAACUACAGAGAUGAAUUUGCCCCUAGAGACCACAAAUCUAUCUGAUUUGGCUUCAACAAAUGCAAACAAUAUUUUGGAUUGGCUUCCUCAGAGGGAUCCACAAGUCCAAAUCCUGAAUUUCUUGGAUUCAAAUGGCCUGCUUCCAGUGAGCGAACAACCUCAACGUAUGGAUAAUAUCCUGUCACCAUCCUUAACUGUCCUUCAUGCACCAAGCGUGCUUGUCCAUGAUCAUUUGAGUUCAGGCCGGAGGAUUGAGGAUGACACCCAACGACCAGAUUUUGAUCAAGUAAUUGAUGUCAAUCUUUCUCCAUGGACAGAUUUAUAUCCAACAGUGAAUGAUCCUUUUCCCGCAGCACAGCCCAGAUACGAGCGCUUCUUGAACUCUUUCUGUCUCAGCUCACCACAGUGAAUCAAGAUCAUACAUGGCAGUUUAUAUUUUGUUAAUUUAGACAACUUCACAAGACAACUUUUUUUGCUAUCACCGUAGAAUUUCUUCAAUAAAAAGUUUUCUGGAACCAUUAAAAGUGAAGCAUGCUAGGUGUACAACCUAUGUGACAACUUGGUUUACAUUCAAUGAGUUGGCAGACAUCCACACCAUACAUUUCAAUUUUUAUUAUUAUUAUUAUUUUUUUGAAUCAAUAGCGUGGAUUCUAACACCUCAUUAGUUGUCAACCAAGUUGUAAAACUUGAUUGUACAGCUAGAAUAAUUCAUUAAA